UGAGGAUGACUACUUACUGGUAACAAAAGUAUUUUGUUUCAGGUCAACUUCUAGGUGGACUGGUUGUAAAAUUGCAGCAGUUCUAUGACUUCUUUAUUGAGCUUGUGAUGUUCAGACUGAGCAUGCUCCUCAGCUGUAUUUUUAUGACAAAUACAGCAAUGGAAGACAAGAACAUCGCGACAAACUUCGUAGAUUCCACUGACGUCACCGAUUUCGACCAGUAUGCUGUCACGUGCUACAUUUGCGUCAACGUAUCUGACAAUCUAGUUUGUAAUCAAUUCGCCAUCGAUAGGCCCUGUAAACCAGGAGAGACAUUCUGCCAUACACUACACAUCAUGGAUAAAAAAGGAACCAGUAUAUUGGUCAAUAAGAAAUGUACUACUGAAAAGGAGUGCCAAAGAAACAAAGUAGGCUGUGUAGAAAUCGACGCCCAAACGAUAUGCGUAUCGUGUUGCGACCAGAACUACUGCAACGUGAACGUGCCAACGAAUUCGUCCACGGCCGUCUUCGAUGAUAAAAUCUCCAAGAUGCGGAUGUUGGCAAAGAACCUUUUUAGAGAAAGAGAAAAGGCGCUAACAACAACAAUUAAAGAAUCAAAUCGAGGCGCCCGCUCGUUAAACGCUGUUUUUUCGUUAAGAUCUCUCAGUAUUGUUUUUCUGUUAUUAGGAAAUGUAUAGAUAUCGGUGUUGCUUAUUACAUAGUAUUCAAGUAUCAAAUAUACGAAACAUCUGUGGCUGCUUAUUUUUAAGAAUGGCAGGUGGACAAAGUGCCUAGUUAGCCCAAUCAAUAGAGAAAAUGUUUUCUUUUUUUAAUGACUUUGUAUUCAGUAAUUGUUUAAAACAAUUACUUGUUUAUUGCAAUUCCGUAGAACAAAAUGCUUUAAGAGUUCAGAAGAUAUUUGAACUAUAAAAAAAAAUAUUGUUUUUCUUUUUUUCUCAAAUACGCAGCAUUGUUUGGGAAAUGAUUAUUAUAUCAUUAACAUUGGCACACAUCCCACAGUUUAUUGUGAAAAAGCUGAAUGUAAGGGAAGACUAGAAAGGUUGCCUAAUUAUACGUUUGGAAAAUGUUGUUGCAUUUAACUGUAAUGUAUGGUUUCAAACAUAAUUUCGAAAAACUUAUACCUAUUCAAUGUUGAAACAUCUCUAUUGAUUGGCCUGAGCGCCCGUUUAGAGGCUUGAGCAGAUCAAAGAGAACGAGAUUUCGUGUCAAAAAGUGCAAUCCAGGAAGAACCGGAUUUCUUCCAUCAAGAUCUACUACACGAAUGUACUAGAAAAUCGUUCAACAUAUCGAAUAAAACAACAAAUAACUUGUUUGACUUCUUCUGCAUAAAUUACUUAAUAAAUUUCAUUAUAGAGUCAUAAACUAAUAGAUAUUGACAGAAUUAAAUGGAUUUCAAUCAGCGGUCGGUAGAAGUAGUUCGAUCUUAUAGGCUGCUGAAUUUCAACAGGUUAAUUAUUGAUUUACGUAUUCUAACUGUUAACGCAUUCUACAUGAAGAUAGCCGACACAAUUAAUUCUAUAUUUCCGCGUCCAAGAAAAAUAUCGGAGGUGAAAUGAGAUAUACCCUAUUUCACGAGUAUCCAUCACGAUAGAAUGGCAGCUGUUAUCUGUUAAUACUUCAAAAUUCCCCAUAUCGGCACAGGACACAUAAUUCUGACGGAUCCGUCAACGCCAAGUAGACCGAGCCAUAUUUUGUUUUGGUUUUUUGUACGCUACAGAUUCAUUUUGUACUUGUUAAUAGCUUUUUAUUUACGAGUAGAAAAGUUAAUUUGCGUGCAAACAACAAAACGCCACAAACAAGUGUUAUUAGAUUUAUACCCGAUUCAUUAUUGCCAACGUUGCAGACUAACACAAAAAUGUCACCUGCUGAUCAGCUGUUCACCUCAGUAGACGUCAAAGCGUGAUGGAUACUCGUGAAAUAGGGUUUACCGUAGCGUCAUGUAUGAAAAUUUGUAACAGCUGUUUAUAUACUAUAUACAGGGUGUAAUUUAAUUGAUGACUAAAAAUACACAAUAUGGUUCCUUAGCUCAUUUUAGAAAGAAAAGUUU